AAAAUCCUCAAAAAUGGGCAAAGGUGAUCCUAAGAAGCCGAGAGGUAAAAUGUCUUCAUACGCCUUCUUUGUGCAAACCUGCCGGGAGGAGCACAAGAAGAAACAUCCAGAUGCGUCAGUGAACUUCUCAGAGUUCUCAAAAAAAUGCUCAGAACGAUGGAAGACUAUGUCUUCUAAGGAGAAAGGGAAGUUUGAAGAUAUGGCAAAGGCUGACAAGCUUCGUUACGAAAAAGAAAUGAAAAACUAUGUACCACCUAAGGGGGAAACAAAAAAGAAGUUCAAGGAUCCAAAUGCACCGAAGAGGCCUCCUUCGGCUUUUUUCUUGUUUUGCUCUGAGUUUCGUCCAAAAAUCAAAGGAGAACAUCCUGGUCUGUCCAUCGGGGACGUCGCAAAGAAACUGGGAGAGAUGUGGAACAACACCGCUGCAGAUGAUAAACAGCCUUACGAAAAAAAGGCUGCAAAGCUGAAGGAGAAGUAUGAGAAGGAUAUUGCUGCAUACCGGGCCAAAGGGAAGGUUGAUGCAGGCAAAAAAGUAGUUGCCAAGGCUGAGAAGAGCAAGAAGAAGAAGGAAGAAGAGGAAGAUGAGGACGAAGAUGAAGAGGAUGAAGAGGACGAAGAAGAGGAAGAAGAGGAGGAGGAGGAUGAUGAUGAUGAUGAAUAAGUCUCUUUUAGAGCAAUUUCUUUCUUGUCUGUAAAGCAUUUAACCCCCCUGUACACAACUCACUCCUUUUAAAGAAAAAAAAAUGAAAUGUAAGGCUGUGUAAGAUUUGUUUUUAAACUGUACAGUGUCUCUUUUUUUGUAUAGUUAACACACUACCGAAUGUGUCUUUAGAUAGCCCUGUCCUUAGUGGUAUUUCAAUGGCCACUAACCUUGCCUGGUACAGUGUGGGGGUUGUAAAUUGGCAUGGGAGUUUUAAAGCAGGUUCUUGUUGGUGCACAGCACAAAUUAGUUCUAUUCGGGGAUGUAGUUCAUCUCUCAUCUUCAGUUGUCUCUGAUGCAUCAUAAAAAUAAUUGUCGUUCUGUUAAUUGAAUACCACUCUGUAAUUGCAAAAAGGAAAAAGAAAGUUGCAGCUGUUUUGUUGACAUUCUGAAUGCUUCUAAGUAAAUACAAUUUUUUUUAUUAGUAUUGUUGUCCUUUUCCUAGGUGCCCUUGAAAAUCAUACUUUUUCUUUUCUCUCUCUCUCUUUUUUUUUUUUUUUUUUUUUGAGGGGAACUCAUCUUUUGCUUUAUUGAAUGCCCGUUUGGGAUCACGUGAAUAUUACAGUUUUCAUCUUUCAUAUAUCCAGCUGAUAAACAAAGCUUUGAUCUCCAUACCCUGCAUAUUCAUGAUAGGGUAAGAAAAGAAGUACAUAGGCGUGUGAUGAAAGAGUAUUCUUCCGUAACUGGAAACAAAACAAACCAAUUGAGUCUCAUCAAACCCAUCCUUGUUCAGAAGUUUGUGAAAUGUCAUAUUCUGUCGAGUUGCAUGAAUUUACCGGUCUUGGAGAGUUGAGAAGUAUAGAGUUCAGUUCUACAGAAAUGAAAUACUUCUGGGGGGAGGGAGCGGGUGUUAAAUUCUGUCCUCGGAGGACCCAUAGGAAGAGCGUGUCCGUCCGUGCGGUGUAGAGCCAUUUACAGGUGUGACUCCAUUACCAUGUAAUGGAAGUUGGAUUUGUAAAUCUCCGAGCACUCGUGGGAGACGAACGUACCUAAAAUGUGUAAAGUGAAAAGCAUGAGAUGACCGUAUUAUUUUUUGGUGACAGGUCUGGCGAUGGCCGCGGGCUUUAUACCAUGAAACUCUCCUGGUAGCAAACGGCCCACGAGAAAUGAUUUUUCUUUCUAAGAUUUCUAUGAAUGGUACCAUUAUUAUUUGUUAAAUCUAUGUAAAUUCAUAUUUGUAUUCUUGAAAUUCUAGUUUUAGCCCUUUAAACAAAGUUGUAUAUUGUCUCAAAUUGAAAAUGAGAUAAGAUGUAUUUUUCCUGUUAGGUUUUAUACCGCACUCUUGAUGUUUGCCCAUUUUUAAGUUAAAUAUAGCUGUAUGGAAAAGUACAUUUUAUUAAAUUUUGCAUUAAAAAGUGAAAUGUUUAUGGUAUACCAACAACGUCUAAUUUGGUCAAAUGCAGUUCUCUUCCAAAACCAAAGCCUGAGGGUUGGUUGUGUUUUUUUUUUUUUUUUUUUUUUUUUUUUUUUUGACUUAUAUUUAGUAAAACUUCAAGUGCUGGCAACUGUAACUAUUUUCACAUGUACCUGCUUUCCAGUUUGGGGGACAAUUUGGCGACUUUGUGGUAACAAAACUAUGGUUCUCUUUAAGUGCCAGUGUUUAAAAGGAGCAAAAAAAAAAAAAAAAAAAAAAA